CGGGUCAUAAGAUGGCUGCUGGACGGCCGGCUACGGACCGAAAAGAUGUGGAGUGGGCUGCUACCUCCUGGCCUAAAUGAAAGUGAUGUUGAGUUGAAUUCUGAUGAUGAAGCCACAGUAGAGAGCUCUGAACUUAACUUACAAGAAGGUAAAGAAGAUGGGACCAUUACAAACACAGAGGUCUCAGAUAUCCCUACAGAUGGACCAAAAACUGAAGCAGAGGCAAAUGUAAAUGCAUAUGAAGAGUGUCCCUCUGGAAUUCCCUUAAAUAUGUGGAAUAAAUUUCAAGAACUGCAUACAAAACAUUCUGAACAGAAAAUCUCAACUUCAAGAUCCAGAAAGAAAAAAAGAAAACGCUCCAGAAAAGGUAAAUUGAAGAAUGAAGAAGAAUCUCAAAGUGAACAGUCCUCAAGUGAAACCCAGUUAAAGGAGCUUACUCAGUAUUUUGGAGUCAACGAUAGGUUUGACCCCCCUGUUAAAAGGAAAAAAAUUGAAAAGUCGGGCCUUGAAAAGAGCAUAGACCAGGCUGUGGAAGAAUGGAACAUUGAGAAGGCUGAGGAGCUCAGCAAUCAGCUAGCUACUCGAGAGCUUGGUGUAAAAAUUGCCAAAGCGAUUGCCUGCCACAAUUUUGUAAAAGCCAAAAAGGAUGCUGAAAAUUCACAGGUUGCUCGGAAAAAGAAGAAACUUGCCUGGGGGUUUGAAGCAAAGAAGAGGUGGGAAACCAAAAGCAACAUGGGAUAUAUGUGACUUGCCAGAGUCUUCAAGACCUUUGAGACUUCACUUGAGUCUUCAGUUGCUUAAUUUACUGGAAAGAUUUUCCUGUUCAUGUUAACUAUGUUGGAAAAUUGAUGGAAAUAGAAAAAAAUAAGCAUAAAAUUUGGAAGUUGAUUAUCAAA